AUUAAAACCCUCGAAUCUUCGUCUUCCUGGCGGUGUUGAGCAGUUUGGAAGUAAAAACUCAGCGAAAAGACGAAGAAAGAAGAAGGAUGAUGUGGCCCAGUGUAGAAGAAGGCCCGCCGGAGGUCACCCUCGAAACUUCCAUGGGUUCAUUUACUGUUGAGAUGUACUACAAGCACGCCCCAAAAACUUGCAGGAACUUCAUCGAGCUUUCUCGCAAGGGUUACUACGACGGGGUCAUAUUCCACAGGAUUGUUAAGGACUUUAUUGUACAAGGUGGGGAUCCUACUGGCACAGGAAGGGGUGGACAAUCUAUAUACAACAACGGUGGCAAAUUUGAGGACGAGAUACACCCAAAGUUAAAGCAUACAGGAGCUGGUAUUCUUUCCAUGGCAAAUGCUGGUCCAAAUACCAAUGGAAGCCAGUUCUUUAUUACCUUGGCACCAACACAGUCCUUGGAUGGAAAGCACACAAUAUUUGGAAGAGUGUGCCGAGGAAUGGAAAUUGUUAAAAGACUUGGUAGUGUUCAAACUAAUAAUAAUGACAGACCUAUACAUGAGGUGAAGAUACUGCGUGCAGUGGUUAAAGUUUGAAGUUGCAUUAGCAUGCAGCAUUUAAUGUUUGACUCAACAAUAUUGUUGGAACAGUGGUGAAAUGGCGGGUUUUCAGGUCUAUGAUAUUCUGUAUUUUGAAAAGAUGAAACGACACUGUGUUGUUUUCUUGUAUUUCUAAUUAUUAUGAGAGUUAAAGCCAAUGAUAACUGAAUGUUGAGCAUUGUAUCAGAUAUUAGCUUAGCUUCUGGACGUUCUGAAUUAUUGUUUUGAUCA